AUUUCUUUAUCGGUCGACUGUCGGUUAAAUGAUCACACAAAUCCUCUUCAGAAACUGUGCGGUGUCCCUCAGAGGAGUGAACCCUCUCAAGUCUCGUGGAGUAUGUCCACGUCAUCAGUAUGCACCGGAGCUGCGCUCACUUCCUUCCUUCCAGAAGGAGCGUGGUAAAGAUGGCGGAGAAGAGUUCUGUGCCGAGUGAUCUCUACAAGUGCGUUUAUUCAUUUCUGCGAGAGAACAAGUUCGUCAAGGCGGCAGAGCAGUUCAUGAAGCAGACUCAAGUGACCCCACAAGACGAAAAUGAAGAAAACCUCCUGAACAUCUACAACUUCUGGGUGAAGUCUCCUGAAUCAAAGAAACGAAAAGUGCCUCCUACCAAGGCUGAAGCUACUAAUGCUCCAUCGGCCAAGAAAGCAAAGCCGAGUACAGAGACCUCCAGCAGCGAAGAGUCGAGCAGCGAGGAUGAAGAAGCGGCUGCAAAACCAGCUAAGGCAGCUGCUGCAAAACCAGUCACUGCAGUUGCUAAGGUGAUCCCUGCUAAAGCAGCAGCAGCUAAUAAAGCUGCAUCCAGCAGCAGUGAAGACUCCAGUGACUCUGAGGAGGAGAAGGCUCCUGUAAAGGCUGCUGUGAAGCAGGUUGCUGCUGCUCCUGUAAAGAAGGUUGCUGCUGCCACUGCUGCAGGUAGCACAAGGAAGAAAGACAGCAGCUCAAGCAGUGAAGAGUCCGACUCUGAGGAAGAGCAGCCGGCUAAAGCCCCUGCACCAAAACCCAAGCCGGGUGCAGCCACAACAUCCAAACCUGCUGCUCCUGCUAAAGUUGCAGGUCAGAAAAAACCGGAGAGCAGCAGUGAAGAAAGUUCCUCAGAUUCUGAAGAUGAGAAACCGGCUAAGGCUCCCGUCAAACCCGCCCCAGUAAAAGCUGCUGCUGCUGCAGCGGACUCGAGCAGUGAAGACUCUUCAUCUGAAGACGAGGCUCCUCCCAGUAAAAAGCCCAAAGCAGGAGCGUACAGUGCUGUACCACCUCCUGCAUCAGUCCAGAAAGCCCCAGCCACACCGGCAGCCGCCAAGGACUCCUCAGACAGCAGUGAUGACAGCAGUGACGAGGAAGAAGAGAAGAAAGUGGCUGCAAAACCUGCCACUGUAAAGAGCCCUGCUGCCAAACCUGCUGCAAAGAAGCAGGAAUCCAGCUCUGAGAGCUCAGAUUCAAGCUCAGAUGAAGAGGCAAAGAAGGCCCCAGCCAAAGCGGCCCCAGCCAAAGCGGCCCCAGUCAAAGCGGCCCCAGCCAAGGCUGUAACUGCUAAGAAGCAAGAUUCAGACUCUGACUCAUCAAGUUCAGAGGAUGAAGAGGAGGCAAAGAAACCUGCAGCAAAAGUGACCCCCGCUAAGGUGGCUGCAGCUAAAGCUACACCGGCUAAGUCUACACCUGCUAAGUCUACACCUGCUAAAGACUCCUCCUCAGAAGAGUCCAGUUCAGAAGAGGAGGAGAUGGCAGCGAAGAAGCCAACAGCUACACCGGCUAAGGCUACACCGGCUAAGGCUACACCGGCUAAGGCUACACCGGCUAAAGACUCCUCCUCAGAAGAGUCCAGUUCAGAGGAGGAGGAGACGGCAGCAAAGAAACCCACAGCUACACCGGCCAAGGCUACACCGGCCAAGGCUACACCGGCCAAGGCUACACCGGCCAAGGCUACACCUGCUAAAGAAUCCUCCUCAGAAGAGUCAAGUUCAGAGGAGGAGGAGACGGCAGCAAAGAAGCCCACAGCUACCCCGGCUAAAGCUACACCAGCUAAAGCUACAUCGGCCAAGGCUACACCAGCCAAGGUUACACCGGCUAAGGCUACACCUGCUAAAGAAUCCUCCUCAGAAGAGUCCAGUUCAGAGGAUGAGGAGACGGCAGCGAAGAAGCCCACAGCUACCCCGGCCAAGGCUACCCCGGCCAAGGCUACCCCGGCCAAGGCUACCCCGGCCAAGGCUACCCCGGCCAAGGCUACCCCGGCCAAGGCUACCCCGGCCAAGGCUACCCCGGCCAAGGCUACCCCGGCCAAGGCUACACCGGCUAAGGCUACACCUGCUAAAGAAUCCUCCUCAGAAGAGUCAAGUUCAGAGGAGGAGGAGACGGCAGCAAAGAAGCCCACAGCUACACCGGCCAAAGCUACACCGGCCAAGGCUACACCUGCUAAGGCUACACCUGCUAAAGAAUCCUCCUCAGAAGAGUCCAGUUCAGAGGAUGAGGAGACGGCAGCGAAGAAGCCCACAGCUACACCGGCCAAGGCUACACCGGCCAAGGCUACACCGGCCAAGGCUACACCGGCCAAGGCUACACCGGCCAAGGCUACACCGGCCAAGGCUACACCGGCCAAGGCUACACCGGCCAAGGCUACACCGGCCAAGGCUACACCGGCCAAGGCUACACCUGCUAAAGAAUCCUCCUCAGAAGAGUCAAGUUCAGAGGAGGAGGAGACGGCAGCAAAGAAGCCCACAGCUACACCGGCCAAGGCUACACCGGCCAAGGCUACACCGGCCAAGGCUACACCGGCUAAAAAAGACGAGUCCUCAAGCUCAGAUGAAAGCUCUGAAGAUGAGGCUCCUUCAAAACCUGCUGCGAAAACUGCAGCCCCACCAAAACCUGCUGCUGCUUCCAAACCCCCAGCCAAGAAAGCUGAGAGCAGCUCUGAUUCAGAUGACUCAUCAGAGGAUGAGGAAGAAGCAGUUAAAGCCAAGCCUACAAAUACUAAACCAGCUACCCCAGCAGCAAAGCCUGCCGCUCCAGCUGCAAAGUCUGCUGCUGCAAAGAGCAGCUCAGACUCUGACUCUUCUUCUGAAGAUGAAGAACCAGUUAAGUCGAAACCUGCAGCAACUAAACCAGCUACCCCAGCCGCAAAGCCUGCCACACCUGCUGCAAAGCCUGCUGCUGCUGCAGAGAGCAGUUCUGACUCUUCUGAGGACGAGGAAGAACCAGCAAAAACCAAGCCAGUAGCAGUAACUAAACCUGCUACCCCAACGGCAAAGCCUGCCACUCCUGCAGCAAAGCCUGCAGCAGAGAGUAGCUCAGACUCUGACAGCUCAGACUCUGAGAAUGAGGUCUCAAAACCUGCAGCCAAGAAGCCAGCUCCAACUAAAACAGUGGCUAAGAAACCUGCCGCUGCAGCAAAGGCCACCGCAGACUCCAGUGAUGAUAGCUCCAGUGAUGAGGAGGAACCCAAGAAGGCGGCACCACCGACGCCCAAACCUGCAGCCACAAAGGCAGCAGCUGCUCCACCAAAGAAGACUGAGGAGAGCAGCUCAGACAGCUCUGACUCUGAGGCAGAGACCAAGUCCACCCCUGCUAAACCUGCAGUCACAAACGGUAAGGUGGCAACACCCAAGACCCCAGCCAAGUCUCCAGCAAAGACCCCAGCAAAGCCAGAAGAGUCUUCAUCCAGUGACAGCAGCUCCGAGGAGGAGGAAGAGGUCAGUAAAGUAAAGAAACCUGCGACGCCCGCCGCAACGCCAAAGACAACUCCAGCAGCUAAAGCUAAAGAGAGCAGCUCCUCAGACAGUUCAUCAGAUGAGGAGGAAGCACCACAGAAAGCUGCCACAGCACCCACCACCCCUAUAACAAAUGGUACCAAUGGAAAGAGAAAUAGAGAUGAAUCAGAAAGUGAAGACGAAGAGACGGCGGUCACAACACCAAAAAACAAGAAGGCAUCAACCACACCUCAGACUUUCCCUAAAGCCAACAAGAAGUCCUCCAACGUACCUUUCCGUAGAAUAAUGGAGGAACGAGUUGAAGUGGAUCCCCGUCUUGCAGAUAACUCCUUUGAUGCAAAGGCUGGAUCCAGAGGUGACUGGGGAGAGAAAGCGAACGAUGUGCUCAGGUUCACUAAAGGCAAGUCAUUCCGUCAUGAAAAGACCAAGAAGAAGAGGGGAAGCUACCGCGGUGGAGCCAUCUCCCAGACUGUCAACUCCAUUAAGUUCGACAGUGAUUGAGCACCUUCUCUUCCUGUUUCCUAAUGCGAUCAAGACUUUGGACUGCCUGCUCCCUUCCCCUGUAUCAAGUCCCUCUGUCCUCAGCAGAUCAGCGAUGGAGGAAUGUGAAUCUGUAGAGCCGAGCUGGCACUUCAAUUCAGUUUGCUGCUCUAAGAUUGUAAUUGAGACAGUUAGUUUGGUCUGAGGCAGCAGGAGACGGAUGGACCCAGCUGUGCUGCAGACUGUACUGGUUGACAUCUACGUGACAUUACACUUAUAGCCACUAGGUGGCUGCAGGCCGCCUGGUAAUGGUAAAAAGCCAAUAUGGGUUUUUGGCCCUUAUUUUGUUUUGAUUUUGUUAACCUGUAUUAUUCUCAAAUAACAAUUGUCCUGUCACAUUGUUCGGUAACAUUACUUUGUUCCUUUCUGUGUCAGAAUUACAGCCUGCCAUCCCACCAGGAUCUUCAUUAUGUGAUAUUGAUUUUUAAUGGAUCAAAUGGUUGUUUUUCAUGAGGCCACAUUUAAAUGGUGCGAGGGUGUGUUCUUGGGUUUUCUCAACAUUACAUGACAACAUUUAGAGAGUAAAAUUGAGUUUUAUACUGUAUUUAUUAAGUUUUAUUCCAAUUUGACCUUUAGGACCUCAGAAGUUUCUGUCAUGCUGUUUUCAAGCCAUUUUGCUUUGAGGAGGUUUCUUGUGAUGUUAGAAUGCCCCUAUCUACCCCUCAUUCUGUUAAUCAGUGGUACGGGAUUAAUGGAUUAUUACAAACUUGACAGAGCCAUAAUUGUUUCAAUGAUUUUCAUUUACUCUAUAUACUUGUUUUUUAUUACCUGUUGUAGCUGUGAUUAAAGACCUAACAGAUUCAA